AUGUGGGGCGAGGGGGCUGGGAGGCUGGGGGAGCGCAGCAGGCAGGGGAAUGUAGCUGGUUUUAUCACUGUUUUCAGGAUCUCACCAGCCCCUUUUCCCCUCCCAACUGUCUCCCCCUCUGCAUCUGUUCCAGGCCCCCUGCCGCCCCCCACACUCUCUCUGGGCUCCCAGUACCCUGUGUAUUACCAGGGGGAGCAUGUUAACCUCAGCUGCUCAGCUCCCCGUGGCGAGGCAGUGACAGGAUACAGAUUCUACAGGAGAAGAGGGGACCAGACCCCAGAGCAGCUCCCAUCUCCCAGUGAGGCUGCCCGGCUGGAGCUCAGGGCCGAGACGGGGAAUCAGGGGCCCUACAGCUGCCAGUACUGGAGAAAUGAGGCUGGGCAGGAGAUCCCCUCCGCCGAGAGUAACAAGGUCUAUAUAACCGUGCAGGCCCCCCCAACAGCCCCCACACUCUCCCUGCACCCCCCACACCCGCUCUAUCUCCCAGGGGAGCGUGUGACCCUCAGGUGCUCAGCUCCACGGGAUGACAAGCUGCAGGGAUACAGGUUCUAUGGGGAACAGGAGAGGCUGAUCCAUGACGAGGUCUCUGCCCCGGCUGGGGGCGCCGGGCUGGAGAUCGUGGCCGAGAUGGGGAAAGCCGGGCUAUACUCCUGUGCCUACUGGACCCUGCGAUCCGGGCGACAUAUCCCGUCAGAGAGAAGCCGGCCAGUGUCUCUAUCAGUGCAAGCCCCCCCGGCAGCCCCAUCCCUCUCCCUGAGCCCCCCGCACCCUGUGUACCUCCCUGGGGAGUCUGUCACGCUCACGUGCUCCCCUCCACGGGGGGCGCCGGUGGCUGCCGGAUUCCAGUUCUCCAGGGAUGGGGGACGGAAGAUCUCAUCCGGGAGCAGCGAUGUCCACGCCCUGAGCAUCACGGGGCCAGAGGACUCUGGCUCAUACACCUGUGUGUACUGGAUACGCCCAUCCGGGCGGAAGAUCCAGUCCCCGGGCAGCCACCCCGUCUCCAUCACUGUCACAGCCCCCCCGCCAGCCCCCAGGCUCUCGCUGGACCCCCCGUACACCGUGUAUCUCCCAGGGGAACGGCUCAACCUCAGCUGCUCGGCUCCCGGGGCCCAGGAAGUGACAGGCUACAGAUUCUACAAGAGACCGCUGGGGCAGAGCUCUGACGAACUGCCGUCGCCCCAGGGGACCCGGCUGGAGAUCCUGGCUGCGGUGGGGGACGAAGGACCAUACACCUGCCAGUACUGGAGCAGGGAGUCUGGACGAGAGCUCCCCUCGGGGCUCAGCCAGCCCAUCGCCAUACGUGUGACGGCCCCCCCGCCAGCCCCCAGGCUCUCGCUGGACCCCCCGAACACCGUGUAUCUCCCAGGGGAACGGCUCAGCCUCAGCUGCUCGGCUCCCGGGGCCCAGGAAGUGACAGGCUACAGAUUCUACAAGCGACCGCCGGAGCAGAGCUCCGAGGAGCUGCCGUCGCCCCAGGGGGGACCCCGGCUGGAGAUCCUGGCUGCGGUGGGGGACGAAGGACCAUACACCUGCCAGUACUGGAGCAGGGAGUCUGGACGAGAGCUCCCCUCGGAGCUCAGCCAGCUCGUCGCCAUACGUAUGACGGAGCGGCCCCCUGCGCCCCGGCUCGCUCUGGCUCCCCCACACCCCGUGUACAUCCCAGGGGAGCGGGUGACCCUCAGGUGCUCGGCUCCCCGGAGUGAGGGGGUGGCCGGGUACAGAUUCUACAGGCAGCGAGGGGGGCUGAUCGCUGACGGGGUCCCUGAGCCGACUGGGGGUGCCCGGCUGGAGCUCAGGGCUGAGACGGGGAGCGCCGGGCUGUACGUCUGUAUGUACUGGACACUGCACGCCGGGCGAGAGGUGCCAUCUGAGGAGAGCCGGCCUGUCUCCGUGCCUGUGACAGAUUUCCCCAGGAAGCCCUCGGUGUCCCUGUCUCCGGACUAUCCAGUCUAUGUGGCUGGAGAUAGGGUGGAAAUUAACUGCUCGGCUCCCCCCGGUGCCUCCCCGGUGCAGUACGGGCUCUACGAGAGCGGGGAGCCGCCAGGAUCCCUGACGGGAGACGCUGGGACUUGGCGGAUGGAUCUUCAAGCCAAUGGCACCAGAAACGCCACCCGGUCCUUCUCCUGCGCCUACAUGGAGCUGAUCCAGGAGAGGGAAGUGCCCUCCUAUGCCAGCGACCCCGUCUCCGUCUCCGUGCUCCCAGCACCGGCUGCCCCGUCCCUGCGGCUCAUCCCGCCCCUCCCGCUCCACAUGACGGGGGAGACGGUGACGGCCGAGUGCAUCGUCCCCGCUGGGCCCUUCAUCCCGCGGGCCCACUGGGUGCUGAGAGACGGGGAGGCACUUCGAGAGCAGCCGGGGCUCCGGCUCCCCAUGAACGUCACCCCCAGCGACAGCGGGACCUACCGGUGUGGGUACAGCACAGAGCUCCAUGGGCGCCACCUCCGCUCACCCCCCAGCGACCCGGUGCCACUGAGCGUGACUGAUCCCCCUCCCCAGCCAGCGCUGAGCGUGGAUCCCCCGUCCGGAGUGGUGAGUGAAGGGCUCCCCCUGCUCAUCACCUGCAUGGCUCCCGGGGAUGCCAGCGAGAGGAGGUUUCACUUCUACAAGAAUGGACCUGAGAUCGUCCCUGGGGACACAGGGUCUGAGAUCAGCACCACAGAGCCCAGCACCGGCUCUAUGAACUUCUCUGUGCUCAGCAUCCUGCGAGCCGGUCCCAGCAACACCGGGGAAUUCAGCUGCGGGUACGAGGUGAACAUGAACGGCAGGUGGAUCCCAUCCCACAGGAGCCAGGCCUUGAAUGUCACCGUGACAGCCUGGUCUCUGCCCGUCCCCCUGGUGGCUGGGUGCGGUGGGGCUGCCGCGGCUCUGGCUCUGCUGCUGCUGCUCAUCCCCCUCUGCAGGAAGAAGAAGGCAGCUACCCACCGGCUCUCCACGUCCUACUGGAAGAGCCAGGAGCUGCGCCGGUCACGGAUAAUGAGACGGUCGACCGACAUCUCUGGAGUCAAUGACAUCGAUCCAACGUACUCACAAGUCACGUUCUCCUGCUCCACCUUCCGCCAGGGCCAGGAGCUCUCGGCUUCCCUGGAGCACGUGUGCAGCACCCCUGACCUGUGA